AGUGUGUGUGUCUGUUUGUAUGUGUGUGUUAAAGGGGGGUGAAAGGGGAAUCGGAGGAGGAGGGGGCUUUGGAAGAGAGAGAGAGAGAGGGAAACAGGAGAGGCAGAGAGAGGGAGCGAGGAAGGUGGGGGCUUGCUACAGCUUCCCAGUCUAGAAUUCCUUCCAUCCUCCUCCAUCAAUCCCUGCACGGCUGCUUCGCACUCUCCUCCAUCCUUUCGCCGCUUCCCAUCGCCGACGACGACCGCACUGGAACGUAGCGGGAGGGGAGGGGGGAUCGGGUUAACGAGGAGCGAAUUAUAAAGAAAAAAAAAGAGAAAGAGAGAGAGAACGGAAAAUAAAGCGGGGAAGAGGAGAAGGACAGCCAGAGAGCACGGAGCAGCGGAAUAAAAAUGAAGACGACAGUCCUGCGAGCGAUCCUGGCCAGCCUGGCGGUCACGGUGAUGCUGACAGAAGUCCUCUUGGUGGAAUGCUCGGAGCUGGUCCCGCCAGAUGGUAAUUACACCGCCUGUCAAGGGGAUAACGUCACUCUCAGCUGCUCCAUCGAUGACCAAGUGACACGAGUGGCCUGGCUGAACAGGUCCAACAUCCUGUAUGCGGGUAACGACAAGUGGUCUAUAGACCCCCGGGUGCGGUUACUGAACUACAACAAGACAGAAUUCAGCAUCGUGAUUACUAACUUGGACGUGGCUGACGAGGGGCUCUACACUUGCUCUUAUCAGACACAGGACAAGCCACACACCACACAGGCCUAUCUCAUUGUGCAAGUUCCAGCCAAAAUAGUCAACAUCUCGCAGAGCAUCACAGUAAACGAGGGGAGCAACGUUAACCUCAUGUGUCUAGCAGUGGGAAAACCGGAGCCGACUGUGACAUGGAGACAGCUCAGAGACGGAUUUUCCAGCGAGGGCGAGCUACUGGAGAUCACCGAGAUCAACCGGCAACAGGCGGGGGAAUACGAGUGCAUCACAUCGAACGGGGUCGCCAUCCCUGACAGCAGAAAGGUGGUCAUCACCGUCAACUAUCCUCCAUUCAUCACUGACGUGAAGAACGCCCAAUCACAGGUCGGCAAACCAGCGAUACUGCGCUGCCAGGCUAUGGCGGAGCCACCCGCCGAUUUUGAGUGGUUGAAGGAUGACAAGCGACUGGCCGUGGGGAUGGAAGGGCUGAAGAUCCAGACUGAAAAGACCUGGUCCGUGCUCCUCUUUUCAAAUGUUACCUCAAGGAAUUAUGGGAAUUACACCUGCCUGGUGUCCAAUAAGCUCGGAACAUUUAAUAGCAGUGUCCGGCUACUCAAGCCCGGCUUUUUCCCCAACCACGGCGUGACGUAUUCCGUAUCUCCUCUUCUUCUCGGCGUCCUGUCUUUCACAUUAGCCUGCCUCUUACGUACAAUCUAAUGUAAGACGGAAUAUCCAGAAUGAAUCCUCAAGACGGGCAGUGGAAGAAAUAAAAAAUACAAAU